AGCCUACCUGGAGGUGCACCAGCUGGAACUGGAGAAGCUCAGCACCCAGAUCCGUGAGUCCAAGAGGAAUUCACGCCUGGGCUUUCUCUACGAUCUGGAUAAGCAAGUGAAGUCGAUCGAGCGCUUCCUGCGUCGCCUGGAGUUUCACGCUAGCAAGAUAGAUGAGCUCUACGAGGCUUAUUGCAUCCAGCGGCGACUCCGCGAUGGUGCCCACAACAUGGUCAAAGCGUACAGCACGGGCUCGCCGGGCAGCCGGGAGGCCCGCGAGAGCCUGGCUGAGGCCAGCAAGGGCUACAAGGAGUACACGGAGAACAUGUGCUUGUUGGAGAAUGAGCUGGAGAGCCAGCUGGGCGAGUUCCAUGUCCGGAUGAAAGGACUGGCAGGCUUUGCCCGGCUCUGUGCUGGUGACCAGUAUGAGAUCUUCAUGAAGUACGGGCGGCAGCGGUGGAAGCUACGGGGCCGCAUCGAGGUGAACAGCAAGCAGGUGUGGGACAGCGAGGAAAUGGUUUUCUUGCCCCUUGUCACCGAGUUCCUCUCCAUCAAGGUGACAGAGCUAAAGAGCCUGGCCAACCAUGUUGUGGUGGGCAACGUGUCCUGCGAGACCAAGGACCUCUUUGCGGCUCUGCCCCAGGUAGUGGCUGUGGAUAUCAAUGACCUGGGCACCCUCAAACUGAGCCUGGAGGUGACCUGGAACCCCUUUGACAAGGAUGACCAGCCCUCAGCAGCCAGCACUGUCAACAAGGCCUCCACGGUGAACAAGAGGUUCUCCACCUACAACCAGAGCCCGCCUGACACGCCGUCCCUGCGGGAACAGGCUUUCUAUAGCCCGGGGCGGGCAGCCGACAAGCACGGUUGGUCCUUGCUGGACAUCUUUCGGGAGACACUCUUCGAGAAGCUGUCUCAGAGCUGCUCCUGUGGCGACGUCUCCUCGGCCGAGCUCGGGAGAUGCCCGCAGCAGGGCCGC